CAUGCAAUGACGUACUUCCGUUUGAUCAUAGCUGUUUUGUUCGUUUCCGGUUCAGAGGUCUCCAACGUGGCUGCCCGUUUUCUAGCGUGUGUCGGUCCUGUAAAUGUUAUGUGAGCCUGCCUCUGUGGAGAGAAGCUACCCGAGCUGAGAGAAAAUGGGUGAGUUUAAGGUACACCGGGUUCGUUUCUUCGACUACAUGCCCAGCGCUGUCCGAGCCAUGGCGUUCAAUAGCCGAACGGAACGACUUGCUGUGGCCCGUGCUGACAGAACUGUUGAAGUCUUUAACUUCACUGACAACUACUUCCAAGAAAAGGUGAUCCCAGGUCGGGAUGGUGCAGGCAUCGAGACUCUCUGCUGGGUGGGUCACCGUCUCUUCAGUGCAGGUUUGAGUGGAGAGAUCACAGAGUAUGACUUGGAGAACUUGCAGCCCAUGUCCACAGUGGAUGCCUAUGGUGGGCCAAUUUGGUCCAUCAGUAGCAACAGCAAGGGAACAUUGCUGGCGGUUGGAUGUGAAGAUGGCACGGUGAAGAUAUUUGAAAUACUGGAGGACAGGAUUCAGUUUCAGAGGAACUUUGACAGGCAGAAAAGUCGUAUCAUCAGUCUUUCUUGGCAUCCCUCUGGUACACAGCUGGCGGCUGGCAUGGUGGACAUGAUUCGAAUAUUUGAUGCUGAGACUGGUCACAGCGCACACAGAUUGCUUGUUGAAAGGGCCCUAGGAGCAUCCAAGAGCAGGGAGGUGGUGGUUUGGAGUGUCAUCUUCUUAUCUGAUCACACUAUCAUCAGUGGGGAUUCUGUUGGAAAGGUCCAGUUGUGGGACGGAAUCACCGGAACACUCAUCAAGUCUCACUCUGUCACCAAGUGGGAUGUUCUUGCCCUUUCUGUAUCCCAGGAUGAGAGCAGCCUUAUAGCCGGGACAUCAGAAGGCACUGUGGUCCAGUUCCAGUUUCUUCCUUGCGUCAUCAACAAGCAAGACAAGGACUGGGUCCGAACCAGAACCUUUAAAAACCAUUCGCAUGACGUGAGGGCACUGGUCCAUACUGACUUUUCUGUUGUUUCUGGAGGUGUGGAUACACAGCUGGUAGUACGACCCCUGCUGGACAAAGUCGAGAAGAACACCCAAGAGUCAGCCCUCCGCAAAAUCAUCUUCCCACAUAAGAGUCUGGUGUGUUGCGCUAAGAAGUCAGGGCUGCUGCUCUUCCAGUUCUCUGAUCAUCUUGAGCUGUGGAGGCUAGGGGAGAGUGAUGGGAAUGGAAGGCCUGGCGAAAGUCUACCUCUAAAGAGGAAACCAGAGAAGCUGAUUCAUCUGAAGAGGAAGGGUGAAAAUCAUGUUUGGUGUAGUACUCUGUCGCCAUGUGGAGAGUGGCUGGCGUAUUCAACGGUCUCCAGGGUUUGUCUUUACAGGCUACAGAUCCAUGACAACAACAUCAGGAUCACAAAGGUUUCUAAAGUGCCCAAGAUCCUUCACUUAGCCCAGCAGUUGUGCUUUUCCUCCGAUUCCUCCAAACUCUUUGCAUCCUGCAGCCACUCAUCAGUCAUUGUGGUUUCCCUCAGCCAGUCAGAGUGCAAAUACGUUUGCACAUUUAAACCUCAGCCAGGUUCCAGACAUCCAAUCCACCUGUUGCAUCCAAGUGACGAUGGCAAGUGGCUCGUUGCAGCCAACACAGGCGGUGAGGUCCAUGUCUACAACCUCCAAAAGCUGAAGUUUCACUGCACAGUGCCAGUGUACAGCUCCUGUCCUACCGCCUUGGCACUUCACCCAACCACCAGCAACCUCAUCAUAGUGCACGCAGACCAGCAGAUAUUUGAGUUCUCUCUAGUGCAAAAGGAGUACACCGAGUGGAGUCGCAAGCUGCAGAAGCAAGGGCUGCACCCUCUCUGGGUGCAAAGGGACACGCCCAUUACUCACAUCACGUUCAACCCAAAGAACUCAGCUCACAUUCUUCUGCACGAUAUGUUUAUGUUUUGCAUCAUCGACAAGAGCCUGCCACUCCCAGAAGCUAAGUCUCAACUCUCCAAUCAGAUGACACUUCGGAGUCUCCCCGAGUCUGACAGGAUAAGAUACAGCCACUCGUUCAAGAUUUGCAAAAGUUUUCAGCCCCUCUUGAGUUUGACCCUGCUGGAGGACCAGUCCAUAGUCGCGGUGGAGCGUCCUCUGCGUGACAUCCAGUCUCGGCUGCCUGCACCUGUACGACAGAAGAAGUUUGCCACAUAAACAAAAGAAGACAAAACCAGAUUUUGGCUGGCGUGUUGGCACGGAUCUCAUUUGUCAAAGAGCUGUAGCUGGACCGCAUCAAAAAAUGUCAGAAUGUUGCCAGUUUCUAAAUAAACCUUUGAUAAGUAAACAACUA